CAGGAAGUGAGUGGCGGAUGAAUACACGUCCAGUUCUCACCGAGGACAGAGUCAGAGCCGCACCAGUGGACGCGCAUCCCGGAGAGACCUGCGUUUAGUCUAGUCGGGAGAUUAUCACUCUCUAUUCCCUACAAAUAUGGCUGAUCAGUUAACAGAGGAGCAGAUUGCAGAGUUCAAGGAGGCAUUCUCCUUAUUCGACAAGGAUGGUGACGGCACCAUCACGACCAAAGAGCUUGGCACAGUCAUGCGGUCGCUGGGUCAGAACCCCACAGAGGCAGAGCUGCAGGACAUGAUCAACGAGGUGGAUGCUGAUGGCAAUGGAACCAUAGAUUUCCCAGAGUUCCUGACGAUGAUGGCCAGAAAAAUGAAGGACACAGACAGCGAGGAAGAGAUCCGUGAGGCCUUUCGGGUAUUUGACAAGGACGGAAACGGCUACAUCAGCGCUGCGGAGUUGCGUCACGUCAUGACAAACCUCGGUGAGAAGCUGACAGACGAAGAAGUGGAUGAGAUGAUCAGAGAAGCUGACAUUGAUGGUGACGGUCAGGUGAACUACGAAGAAUUUGUACAGAUGAUGACCGCAAAGUGAAGCCGCCGCCUUCUGCCAUGCCCUCUUAGAAGAGAAAAAAAUCAGUCAGAUGUUUUACUUACCUCUUGGGGAAAAAAAAUGUUUAUUUAUUCAUAAUGUUUCUGUUUUAAAAUAAUUGAAUGUUAAAAUAAAGUAUCCUUCUGUCCACAUAGAAAAUAAUGGAAAAAUCUGCAUGAAAUGAUUAGUGAUCCUGUCCCCAAAGAUCAGUCUAGCAUCAGUUAUUCAAGAGAAAAAUAAUCUGUAACUACCUUCAAACUGAAGAAAAACAGCAUUUGGUGAACUCUUUCAGUUCCAUCUGCUCUUGAUAAUGUUUGGGCUGGCCAUCCUCCUUUCGUUCUCUUGUUUUCCUGUUCUUCAUGCAUGCAGCUUGAGCCCGGAGCUCAUUCUCCAGCCAAUCAGAGCCUGCGGAGUCCACUGAAGUGUUGUAUUGUGGGUUUUUGUAAUUUAAGAGGAACCAUAAGUAGAGAGAAAGCUUGUAAAUUCAAGUGUAAAGUGGAAUGGGGCUUUAUUGUAUUGUGGGGGAUAAAAACGUAAAAGUCAAAAACAAGAAGAAAAAAAAUACAAAAACAAAGUCUCAGAUGUUUGGCAUGAUUUAUUGUUUCAGAUAUUUUUUUUUUAUUUUUGUUGAUUUGUUAUUUAGUUUGAAUGACUUUAUAUUUUCCUGGACGGCCUUCUCCUCCGUGGUGUGCUGCACCAUGAUGAUGGAGUUGACGGUGGCGUGUUCUAGUUGGUUGGAGGAGUGUGGCUGAGCCUUCAAUUUUCUCUCCUCUGUUUCUUUACUCUUGACCGGUGAAUUCUCCCCUAUACUGCGUCUGUGGUGGGAGUCUACACUCCACUCUUCAGUUUGCAUUCAUUCCAAGUUGUACAUGCUACUGUUUUACUAUUUUCUUCAAAUAAAGUGACCAUGUACUUUA